AUGUCAAAUCCAUCUGAAGAAGAUUUUGAAAAAGUUCCGAGUACAAGUCAACCUAAUCCGAAGUACUGUAGCUCUGAAUCGUCGUUAUCAGAUGAUGAAAGAGAACAAAUUGAACAUGUACUCAAACAUGGAGCACCAUCAGAAGCAUUGACUCCAGAUUCAGAGAGAAUGGUUGUUUUAGGAGAAGAUAUGGUCCAUUCAGCACCCGGAAGUCUUGUUCCAACUGGAAAUUCUUCGUGGAUCAAUCGGAUUAAAACAGCGGGAGCCUCAAUGAUGGGCAGUAUACGUCCUUCAAGUUCAAGUCAAGAAGCAAUUGGAGAAACAGAAAGACAUCCGAAGAAAAAAUGGAAGGCGAGACUAUGGUCAACAUGGAAUAAUAUCAAGUAUUCGAGUACAUGGAUGUCCGAUAGAACGGAUGAAUACGGUGGAGAAGAUGACGUCGUUUUUCUGGGAAGAAGAUAUUCAACUAAUAAAGAUGCAAAUGGUGUGAGCAGUGGAUUCGAAGACUUCUGUUCCGAUUAUUAUUCGAGGCUUUGGAUCACUUAUAGGACUGAUUUCGCACCACUUCUGAAUACAGAUACGACGACAGAUUGUGGAUGGGGAUGUAUGAUUAGAACGACUCAAAUGAUGGUUGCACAGGCUAUAAUGUUGAAUAGAUUCGGAAGAGAAUGGAGAUUUGUUCGAAGAAAAAUGUCUUAUGUGACAAUCAACGGAGAGGAAACUGACUUCGAUCGAGAGAAAAUAAAAGAAUGGAUGAUUUUGAAAUUAUUUGAAGAUAAGCCGUCAGCACCUUUAGGAAUUCAUCGAAUGGUAGAAAUAUCUGCGAAAGAAAAGGGAAAGAAAGCAGUUGGAAGUUGGUACAGUCCUUCUGAAGCUGUUUUUAUUAUGAAAAAAGCACUGACGGAGUCGAUAUCUCCACUGACUGGAGACACUGCAAUGUAUCUUUCAAUUGACGGAAGAGUUCAUAUUCGAGAUAUUGAAGUGGAAACAAAGAAUUGGAUGAAGACGUUGAUACUUGUGAUUGUAGUUAGAUUAGGAGCAGCUGAACUCAAUCCGAUCUAUGUCCCUCAUCUCAUGCGUCUUUUCUCAAUGGAAUCAUGUCUCGGAGUCACUGGAGGACGACCAGAUCAUUCAUGUUGGUUCGUCGGAUUCUAUGGAGAUCAAAUUAUAUAUCUGGAUCCACACGUGGCACAUGAAUACAUUCCCAUCGACAUGAACUUCAAUGUCAAUAUGACAGAUAACAAAAAGUCGAAAAAGUGUCCAGAACGGAGUUAUCACUGCCGUCUUCUGUCAAAAAUGCACUUCCUAGAUAUCGAUCCAUCUUGUGCAUUAUGCUUCCGAUUUGAGUCGCGGGAGCAAUUUGAUCAUGAUAUGAGACAAUUGAACUUGUCGCAAUUUAUCGAUAUUGAUCAAGGAGAAGAACACGGAAUGAAACGAGUUCGUGAUCCAUUAUUCAGUGUAGUCUACGGAGAGAGAAGAAGAAUUCCAAGUUACGAACGAGAAGUUUCAGAAUCAGAUCAACAACAGGCUGAUAAACACGGUUUUGAAAUGUUGUGA